AUGCGUUUUGAAUCAUCGUAUGGCACGGGGCAAAAGCCCUUUUCUCCCGAUUUAAAUCGAGGGAAGUGGGAAAAACCUACGGACUACAUAUUUGCUUGUUUUGGAUUAGCUCUAAAGAUGGAUGUCGUUGAUUUUACAUAUUGGGUGGUGAACGAUAUGGGUAUUCUUGGAAUUUUGCCGUAUUUGGUUUAUAUGGUAAUUUAUUUGGUUCCAAUCAUAGUCAUUCACUCCUUCAUGGGCCAGUUCUCCAGCAGUGGUUAUAUCUCCGCCUUUCGACUCACUCCUUUUUUUAAAGGUAAGCGCCUAAAAAGCAUUUUUCUGUCUAUCUCAAUGCUCAUUUACUAUAGCAUUUAUGCUGCUAUCCCGCUAUUAUUCAUAAUAAACUCUUUUCGAACCACUUUACCUUGGAGUUGUGAAGGUUCAAAAUGUUGGCUCAAUGAAACCGUUUGGCCGUCGAUAUGUAAUGAAGAGUAUUCUGAAUUGAAAAACAACAAAACAUACAAGAUGCUUCAUAUACCUUCCCUGCUCUACUUUCAGAAUUUUUUUCAACAGAAAGAACUUGCGAAUAUGAAUAAUUACUAUGAGCUUUCUUGGCAUUUUGUGGGGCUCUUUGCUCUAGUUUGGGCCAUGAUUGCAUUUAUUUUUCAUAAAUUUUCGGAGGCGACUAUGUUUGGGAAAUUUAUACGCUACAUGGUUAUUGGGACCUUGGUUCUUCUUUUAGUGUGCUUUGUGCGCAUUCUUUUUCUCCCAGGAGCUCUUAAAGGCCUAAGGAAAUUCAUGACUCCAAAACCAAAGGAUUGGGUUUUGGGGACUGGAUCAACAUUUCUCAUCGCUUUACAGGCGUUUGGUGCUGGCUGUUUCAAGACCAACAUAAUGUCGUACAGUUGGAUUAUUUCCCUGGGACAAAUCUUCAUUUACAUACUGUUUUGCAUGGUAUCCUUUAUGCUGGAAAACUACUUCUCAGAGCUUCCUGGCUCUCCAGAUAAAACAGAAGUAGUAGCCCUUUGGGUCUGGAUUAUGGGUAGUGCCAGUGCUUUGUCUACAAUGGGUUGGCCAAACAUGUGGACUUUUAUUUACUAUUCUAUGCUAUUAAUGGCGGCUGUUAUUACGAUUACAACUCAAAUGUUUACAAUCCUGCAAAGUUUAUUUGAUGAGUUUGAGGAACUCAGAGUGAGAAAACAGAAAGUAACCUUUGGCCUUAUUGGCGGCCUUGCUGUCUGUUCAACUUUCUUUUGCACAAACCAUGGUUUGGGUAGCUUUGUUGUUAUCGCUAUGGAUGCCAUUGUAACCUACAGUAUGCUUCACUUACUGCUUUUACUUGUGGUUUUGUGGAUUUACGGCCGAGAACGCUUCCAGCGGGAUAUUGAGUUUAUGUUGAGUCAGCCGUUUGACUCCUGGAAGAUUUACAUGCUCCGCUUUAUUGCUCCGAUUUUUUUAGUGAUUGGUCUGAUGAUAGGAAUAAGUUGGUCGAUAAUGGACCACAAUUAUUUCUCAGUAUUUCUCGUGAUGUCCAUUAUUGUGGUGUGGUUACCCAUUAUAGGAAUACCUGCCUACGGAAUGUACUGUCUUUCCAAAAGCACUGGAACAGUUUGGGAUCGGCUAAGACGCCGACCCACCGAUUGGUAUCCGCUUGAGAUGGAAUACCGCCAGAAAUACGAGGAAGCUAUAGGAGCAACUGACACCAACCAGCUUUCCGAGGUUACCGAUGAGAUAAACUAAAAUGUGACAUAACUUAA